GAUUCAACGAUUGAUAAUGACUUUCAAGAUAUUGAAUACAAUUCAACAACUACAAACAAUUCAAAUAAUGAAGAAGAAGUGACAUAUUUUACAAAAGAAUUAGCUUCGCAAGUUGUUUAUCAUACUUUAACAUCAAUAGAAUAUCCAAAAACAAGUUCUGAAGGUGUUGCUUAUAUUUAUAAUGUUGAAAGCUAG